AAGAAGAACUAGAAACGCGGCAAGUCCGAUGGUCUUUGCGGUUACUUUCAUUUGUGAGCACAGAGAGCACUUUACCGCUGCGUAACCACUGGCUUCAGAUGUCGAAUUAAAGGUUCGUCUUUCUCUGAGGUGUAAAGAUUACACCAUUGAAGUGUCGUUACUGAAGGAACCAAGACUACUCAUCAUGGCAUACCGACAUGGUCGAAGCAUAAGAGAUGCAUAUGAAAAACGUUUUUCGGGAAUGGAUGCAAGAGAAGUGACUGUCCAUCGACUCGUCAGUAUUGUUGAUGAAAGGAAUCAAAUGCCUCGGCAAGAGGUGGACUAUGACAGACGGUUUCAAGAUAACCAGUGGAGCAAUGGAACUCGAAAUUACCGUGAUUCUCGUGAAUUUUGUGACGAGGGCUAUUACCAAUUCAAUGAGACUUACUGUGAUGAGAACCCCAACUAUCUCAGUUUUCUCGGAAAUCCCCCACCUCCAGAAAAUGAGGGCCAUCACCCCCAUCAGUUUCACAGCAGAGAAUCAAGAAAACCUGGCAGACAUGGUCCCAAUUUCCGCAACAGAGGCCGAGGGUUAGGUCCUCGUCGGAGACAAGUUGUGGACACAAAAAACAAAGGUGACCAAGAUUUCAGGAUCAUCACACGGGAUCGCUCCCCUGCAAGAAGCAAAAGCCUUACCCUUGGAGGCUCCGGGUCUAACACCAGCAACAAGAGUUCCUCCCCUGACAACGACCAGAACCGCACACCCCAUCAGGCCCAGCAGAAACAAAAGCCCAGUGUGCCAGUGAGCCUCAUUCCCAGUGACUCUGUGGAGGAUUCUCCUAACAGCUCAGAAGCUACAAAGGAACAAACUCCAGCAUCUGUCGUGCAGUCAGAGGAGGUGGUGGCAUCCAGCAUGGAGCUAAAGGUGACACAAGAGGAUGAUAACUCGAAGGCUCUCCGGUUGGAAGCCAUUAAGGCAAAGGCUCUGGAAAUUGAGAAGCAUUACAGGCAAGACUGUGAGACAUUUCGCAUGGUUGUGAAGAUGUUGGUGGCAAAGGAGCCCAGUUUGGAUAAUCUGCUGCAGGCUCCACUGGAUGAGAACCUGUUGGAGAUAAAACAGCGCUGCCUGGACUCACUAAGGCACUUUGUUAAAGAGCUGGACGAGUCUGUAGUGCAACCGGACACCUCGGCAAAAGCUACAAGUCUCAAAACACAGGAGUAAUGAUGUGGAGUCUCGAAAUCUGAUUUCCGAGAUGGUUUGUAAAUAUUUUUUAGUGUUUUUAAUAUAGAAGCUGAGAAUGAUUUACCAAAAAUACCCAUUAUUGUCAUAAACAAAGGACAUGGUGCAACAUAAUUUGAGAACAUACGUGCUAGCAUAAGUAUUUACAUAAGGAUUAUGUUACUUUUAGUAUUUUUGGUGUCAAAUCAAAGGAAUGGAUCUAUAUGAAGGUAAAGGCACAACAUUUACCUUCAUAUAGAUCUUCGAUGAGCCAUGUUUUGGAAAUGAGGGAAAUAGUAUUACAUUAAUAUUUAUCAUUUGAUUUAAGUUUGACCAUUUUACCAGUUAGGGGCUUAGUUUUAUUUUACAGGGCUUGUGAAAUUCAUGAACCAAAUGAUUAAGUUUUCUCAUCACAAAUUUCUACUUUUACUAGCCUUUAUAUAGCAUUUUCAAAGAAGUAUUGAAGGGUCUAAAUGUUGUUAAACAUCUGUAUUCUGUAUAGAGAUGACCAUGCAUUAUAUGUACAUCAUACAUUAGUGUCAUUUUUAAGUUAAAUCUCUUCUGUUGUUUGUAAAUAAAAAUGAAGCCAUCGAAGUAAGUUACCACUU